GAAUGUUGUCAGCUUUCGACCUUUAGCCAGCUUUGCAGGUUGCAACCAAUGGCGAAACGAUAAAGAAUUCGAUCCGACGACAAUGCAUGCACAAAUGCGGUGUAUAUACACACAAAUCUCUCUCAAAAUCCCCAAGAUUCUCCAAGAACCCAAGAAGAUCCCGAAACUUCACUCCGUUUCCCUCGCAUAAUCUGCAAAAACCAAAUCGGGAAAUGGCUCUGAAAUCUCCGCCGUACGGUCACGGUACCUCCGCCGCUGGCUCCGGCGGCGGAGCACCUAAAUUCUCCGGCACAACCGUGGCGAUGAUCGCGCGCGCGAAGCAGACGACGCAGUCUGUGAUUGCGACGCUUCGGCCAUGGCGAGAGCUCUUGGACCUCUCGUCGCUCUCUCUCCCUUACUCGUACGAGGAAGCCAUGGCGCGUGUUAGGCACAAUCUCGGCUACUUCCGUGGGAACUACGCGUUCGCCGUCCUAGCCGUCGUCUUCCUCGGCCUCAUCUAUCACCCUUUCUCUAUGAUUGCAUUCAUCGUCGUCUUCGUCGGUUGGAUUCUCCUCUACUCCUCCAGAGACGCCACCGACCCGAUUUCGAUCUCGGGUCGGGUCGUAGACGACUGGAUCGUGCUCGGAGUUCUCAGCUUGGUCACGGUUUUGGCUUUGGUUUACACAGACGUCGGUGAAAAUGUAUUGGUUUCAUUGAUCGUCGGUCUGGUGAUCGUCGGAGCUCACGCCGCUUUCCGGUGUACGGACGAUUUGUUUCUCGACGAAGAAAGCGCGCGGCAAGGUGGGCUCGUCACCGCCGGCGGAAGACGGAGUACUUCAGGAUAUCAUCCGAUCUGAGUCGCCGGGCAAAAUGUUACUAAUUUUGGGUUUUGCUUGAAACCGAAAGGAUUUUGGCUUGAACUUUGAAAUUCCCAGGAUUCAGGGAUGAGAUUUUUUGUGUCAACUGGGUAUCGUACUUGUGGAAAUUGUUGAAAAUUUUGAUUCUGCAUUUUUGCUGAUGUGAGCAUUCGCCUGCAAAUGAAAGCUCGUCCUCUUGAAUUCUAUUGGGCGUGUUCAUUCCAUGUUCCUGUCGAGCAUGUUAUAUGCGAGAACUUGAACAAAACACUGCCAUUGAUGAAUCAUGGAUUCCGUAAUCGCAAACUUUUUGGCACAACAAAACAGAUUCGUAUACUCAAGAAACUCUAGUCGAAUUCAUACAGUCAACAUUACAAAUGCCAUACCGAGAAAUCCGAACUAAACAUUGGGUUGGAGAAACAAGGUAAGUUUUCUCGGUCAGUGAAGGUUUCUUAUAACCCGGACAGAAAGAA